AAACACCACACGGAACCGAGGGAGAGCUAUCGCCAGGACGGCGCGGAUACCCUUCAUUAAUUUAAUAACUUUGAAUGGGAAAGAUUUUGUGAUUUCACCGCUGCUGAGUCCGGGUCCUAGCAGGUUAGAGUCCGGAAGAUAAAGCCAGUCUGUCGUUGUUUUAUUGUAAGGUGGACGGAGGCAGCUAAUCAGCGCUUGUUGACGACCAUGGCAGCGGAGGCUGACCCGGCGGCGAGUGAAGGCGGCGCCGCUUUCAGUGGCGUCCAGAACCGCGACUGGGAUGAGUCCCAGCUCCGAAAAUAUUCUUUCCCCACCAAGCCAAUUCCUAGACUGUCUCAUACGGACCCCAGGGCAGAGAUACUAAUAAACAAUGAGGAACCGGUGGUUUUGACAGACACAAACCUUGUUUAUCCAGCCCUCAAAUGGGACAUUGACUACCUCCAGGAGAACAUUGGAAAUGGAGACUUCUCUGUUUACAUCGCCGAAAAACACAAAUUCCUCUACUAUGAUGAGAAAAAAAUGUCUAAUUAUGAGAACUUUGUCCCCAAGUCACAACGAGUGGAAAUGAAAUUCUCCGAAUUUGUGGAAAAAAUGCAUUUAACAGAGGAGAUGGGAGGAGAGGAGAGGGUAUAUUUGCAGCAGACCCUGAAUGACACAGUAGGGAAAAAGAUUGUUGUUGACUUCCUUGGUUUCAACUGGAACUGGAUCAACAAGCAGCAAGCCAAGAGAAACUGGGGACAGCUGACAUCCAACCUGCUGCUCAUAGGCAUGGAGGGUAAUGUGACACCAGCGCAUUACGACGAGCAGCAGAACUUCUUUGCACAGAUCAAAGGCCACAAGAGAUGCAUCCUCUUCCCCCCAGACCAGUUUGAGUGUCUCUAUCCAUACCCUGUGCAUCACCCCUGUGACAGACAGAGCCAAGUUGAUUUUGAUAAUCCCGAUUAUGAGAAGUUUCCCAAUUUUCAAAAUGUUGUUGGCUGUGAGGCUGUUGUGGGCCCAGGAGACGUACUCUACAUCCCCAUGUAUUGGUGGCAUCACAUUGAAUCACUGUUGAAUGGCGGAGUGACGAUCACUGUAAACUUCUGGUAUAAAGGUGCCCCCACACCUAAGAGGAUAGAAUACCCCCUGCGAGCUCAUCAGAAGGUGGCCAUCAUGAGAAAUAUUGAGAAGAUGCUGGGAGAAGCACUUGGAGACCCACAUGAGGUUGGACCUUUACUGAAAACGAUGAUCACGGGACGAUACGACCAGGAUCACAAUUAGAGCCACACCCUUCAAACUGUAGACUAAACUGCUUCGGAAAACUGUAUGUGUGUAAAAGUGAGACUGCUGCGUGUGUAAUGCGCAUUCUUACUUUGGAUCUACGUAUCGCGGCAUGGCAAUAAGCAGCCAUCUUCAAACCAUUCUGCUGUCAUCUCUGAGUGCCAUGGUCAUUGCAAAUACAACAAUUACAGAAGACACAUCUGACUGACUUAUGGGAAUGCGCCCUACUUGAUGAAGUCUUUGAAGAGGAGGCCUAACUUAUAGACUUAUGGAUGGAUUUAUGUGAACCAGUGUCUUCAACAUUCUCAUAAUUCAAGCUAAAGGUUAUUUGGGUGCAUUUGCUCACCCAGUCAGUAGAAGUUGUGAGAUCGGUACCUUUGGAACAGCCUACAUAUUUUGACCACUAAUGGAUGAGUCAAGGGGUAUUUUAUAUACAGUACAUCAGUUAAAUACAGGACAUGUAAUAACAUCAUUGUAGGUUACUAAAUGUGGAAUGACCAUACUAUAUUCUCCAUCUUUAUCACUAAGACAGCUGAUUUGGUUCAUACAUCGAAAGAUAAGAGUGAGUGUGAUGAUGUGUUUUUGAAAUAUUUAUCCCCGUAAUCUGCAUUAUCUCUACCUACACGGUCUUUGGGAGUGAUCUGCAAGAAUUUCCUAUUGCAAUGAAGACCGCAUAGGCACGGUAAUAAAACACAGACGUGAUUAAAAACUGAUGAAAUAUGUGUGGGUGUGGAAAAAGUGGUUCAUAUAUUCAGUUGAAGGAAUAUGUGACUGCUAUUUUAGCUGAGUGAUUACUUUGUGUUUUAAUUUAUGCUCUUGCUUGUUUGAUUUAUAUUUCAAGGACUUUACUGGAUGCGCUAUAGUAAUAGUUGAGGGAGCACUAAAAAUGUACAUAAAUACAUACUGCAAUUUUAGUUUAGAAAAUACAGUUAACUUUAAGAAUGAAAAGGAAAUGAUUCAAGUUACUGUUUUUGGGGAAACUUCUCAAAGUGCGUACAGGCGAUCUGGUCUUGGGAAUAUGAGGGUCAUGAGUGUAAAAGUGGUUAAAGCAAAGUGCUGAAAUGAUAUGUUCAUGUUAACAUGUUUUUAACGGUCUGAACUAGCUGACUGCUGGGAUGUUGCUCAUGUAUCAGCCAUUGCAGUGCAACAUAAUGUACCAUCUAGAGGUCAGGUUUUCAGUUUCAUAUUAAGCUUUAAGUAUUGUUACCCGGUCCAUGCACUAUACUGCUGCAAAAUACAAAUAUUCAAUAUGUUGUAUUAAAUGCAGCAGAUCUCAGAUAAUAUAAUGCUCCAAUGUGUACAAAAGUCUAAUUCAAGUUGAAAACUUGCUCUGGUGGUUACUGUAGGUUAACAAUCCUCAGAAAUGCACUUAUUUUUACUUACAUGCAGCCAUAUUUUGAAGAUCUUGGAAGUGUUUAAACUUUUAAGUGCUGUUGUAAAAAUGUACAUUAAACAAAAAGGGAGGAUCAAUUCAUAUGUUGUGCUGUAUGUGCCAAACCAACAUACAAACAUUCAGAAAGCUUUGUCUGCCAUUGCGACACUCAAUGAAUCAGCAAGUGAUGAACUAUAAAACUCCCAAUUAAUAGGGCUAAUUCCUCUGGAAAAAAAGAAUUGACCUUAUGUAAGAUUUGAUAUGUAUGGCUUUUCUAAGUUAACCCUGUUUACUACAUGUGCCUUGCUUAACAAUGGUGUGCCACUGAAUGUUUCAAGGACAUGAUUAACUUUUUUUUUUUUUUUUAAAUGGUCAAAAUGUUUGUUUUCACUCAUUAAACGGCUAAUUAAGGGUUUUCCCUAUUAAGGGUUCAUAGAGAUAGAGGUAUGUUUGUAUUAAUGGAUGCCUGGUUUGUUUUCAACACAGUGCGUGCUGUCUUUGUUCCUCCGAUUAAAGUUUGUUUGCAAAGUU